AUGAAUAGAAACAGUGGAAUUUCUAACGCACACCAAGCAUGUGCAGCAUGCAAACACCAAAGAAAAAGAUGUACGGAUAAGUGCAUAUUGGCCCCAUUUUUCCCUGCAGAAAAAGUUAGAGAAUUUCAAGCUGUUCAUAAGGUGUUUGGAGUUAGUAAUGUGCAAAAAAUGGUAAGAAAUCUUGUAAGUGAUGAGGAUCGAAAACGGGCCGCUGAUUCUCUUGUUUGGGAGGCCCUAUGUCGUCAAAAGGACCCGGUUUUAGGCCCAUAUGGAGAGUAUAGAAAAAUUAAUGAUGAACUUAAGUCUUAUCAAAGUCAAGGACACUCCCAAAUAUUACAUCAUCAAUUAAGUCCAUUUGUUACCCAAAGCGGGCUUAAUAAUGGAUCGGGUCAUAAGUCGGGUAAUGGGUUAAUUGGGUGGAGCAUAAAUACAAAUGGGUCGGAUGGUAUUAGUAGUAAGAUGAACUAUAGUGGAGGAAUGAGUGAUAAUGUUGCAUUGGUGGAUUGCAUUCGAGCACAAUGUGGACCGGUUUUGGGCUCGGGUUUGGGGUCGGGUUUGUAUGGGAAUUGUGGAAGUCAUGAAGAUUUGCAUGGAGUUGAGAAAAUGAGACAUAACUUAGAUGCUUAUGUUGGUUCAAUUGUUCAUCCUCAACAACAUAUUAUGAAUGGGUUUAACCAACAUUACUAUCUUCCGGGUCAAAUAAGUUCAAUGGAUGCAAAGCCAAUUGAAGGUUCGCUAUGGGAAGCUGAAUCAUAGUCCAUA